AAGAUAAAACAAAUUGGUUAUUCCUUAUAACGAAACGUCAUUCCAGAUGCGAGAAAAUAACAAAGAUGGCUGAAGAACAGGAGGUGCGUCAAAUAGAGUUGCUAUGCAAACAGCUGUAUGACUCCCAGGAUCCUAACAUCAGGGAGCAGGCGGAGAAGGCAGUGGUUGCUUUCCAGGAGUCCCCGGACACCCUCAGUAAGUGUCAGGCUUUGCUGGAGAGAGCUGAUUCCAGUUACUCCCAGCUCUUGGCAGCUACUACCCUAGCUAAACUACUAAGCAGAUCAACCACCAGUUUAUCCGUGCAGCAGAGACUAGACAUUAGAAAUUAUGUACUCAACUAUCUCGCUACAAGACCUAAACUGGCCGCUUUUGUUAUACAGUCACUCGUGUCUCUAUUUGCUCGCAUCACUAAGCUCGGCUGGUUUGAUAUGGUGAAGGAGGAAUAUGUUUUCCGGAAUGUUAUGAAUGAUGUCUCCAGUUUCCUUCAGGGUCCAGCAGAGAUGUGCACAAUUGGUGUCCAGCUGUUGUGCCAGCUGGUGUCAGAGAUGAACCAGGUGUCGGACGAUGCCAGCCGUUCACUCACCAAGCAUAGGAAAAUUGCAUCCUCAUUCAGAGACAACCAGCUGUUUGAGAUAUUCCGUCUGUCAUGUUCCUUGCUGGGUGCUCCACUGCGGUUGGGCGAGGAGGCGCAGCAGGCGUUGUUGGCAGCGUUGCUGCGGCUGGCACACGCCUGUCUCACCUAUGACUUUAUAGGCACCACCAGUGAUGAAUCAGCUGAUGAUCUUUGUACUGUACAGAUCCCGACAUCAUGGCGACCAACAUUCCUAGAACCGUCAACAUUAGGUCUGUUCUUCGAGCUGUAUCACUCCUUAGCUGGUUCUCUGGCUGGUCUAGCUCUGGCGUGUUUAGUACAAUUGGCCUCUGUACGAAGAAGUCUGUUCAGCAAUAAUGAAAGAUCCAAGUUCCUGAAUAGAUUAGCCGCUGGUGUGCUUAGGAUAUUAGAUAAUACACAGGGUCUCUCGGAGCCGGCAAAUUAUCAUGAAUUCUGUCGUCUACUCGCUCGGUUGAAAUCUAAUUAUCAACUCGGUGAAUUAGUUAUGGUUGAUAAUUAUCCAAGACUCAUUGAACUUGUUGCCAAGUUUACUGUUCAAAGUUUACAGAUGUGGCAAUUCGCACCCAAUUCAGUGCAUUAUUUGCUGUCAUUAUGGCAACGUAUGGUGGCAUCGGUGCCAUACGUGAAGGCGACUGAACCUCAUCAAUUGGAGACUUAUGCGCCUGGUGUUACCGCUGCGUAUAUCGCAUCUAGACUUGAUUCUGUGGCUGUUGUUGUCAGCGAAGGUCUAGAAGAUCCACUGGAUGAAGUUGGCACAGUGCAGCAGCAGCUGGAGCAGCUGUCUGUGAUAGGAAGGUGCGAGUACGGGAAGACUUGUCAGCUGUUGGUGGCACACUUUGACCGUGCUGCUGCUGAAUACAGUGUUGAACAACGACCUCAACAAAUACUAGUGCUGCAAGGACAAUUAACUUGGUUGGUGUAUAUAAUUGGUGCGGCAAUCGGUGGACGUGCGUCUGUCACCACUUGUGAUGAGAACGACGCCAUGGAUGGUGAGCUGGUCUGCAGAGUGCUGCAGCUCAUGGACCUUACUGACUCCAGGCUUGCCAGGGGUGGUUGUGAGAAACUGGAGCUGGCUAUGAUGUCGUUCUUCGAGCAGUUCAGGAAGAUCUACGUGGGUGAGCAGGUGCAGAAGAGCAGCAAGGUGUACCGUCGUCUCAGCGAGGUGCUUGGCUUAGCUGAUGAGAGUCAACUCCUCAGUGUACUUAUGAGGAAAAUUAUAACGAAUUUGAAGUACUGGGGCGGGUCUGAACAGAUUAUAUCAAAGACCCUCGGACUGCUGAGUGACCUGAGCGGAGGGUACGCGUGCGUCAGGAAGCUGGUGACAUUGGAAGAAGUUCAGUUUAUGUUGACACAUCAUACUGCAGAACAUUUCCCGUUCCUCGGCAUCUCAGGAGUUGGACCUUCGGAGAUGCGGUGCCGCACCAUGUUGUACACCGCGCUCGGCCGGCUGCUGAUGGUGGAGCUCGGCGAGGAUGAGGAGAGGUUCCACGCGUUCAUGAUGCCCCUCACAGCUGCAUUUGAAAGUAUUAUAGGUCUAUUGGGACCUCCUGAAAGUCCCCUCUUCGCUUCUGAAGAUGCAAAGAAGACACUGAUAGGCCUCGCCCGAGACCUUCGAGGUUUGGCUUUCGCCUUCAACACGAAGACUACUUACAUGAUGCUGUUCGAUUGGAUGUAAGUAGCAGGGGGCACGGCUGUGCCCACACACACAGAAAUACUAUGUCAACUCGGUGUUUAAUCAAUAUUUAACAGUGGUAGAGCGAGCUUUAACAUCUUCGCACGAAUUGUNNNNAACAGGAACCAAAGGCUACAUUUUGAUGUCUCCUCCCCAAAUGGAAUACUAUUGUUUAGAGAAUUAUCUGCAUUUAUAUGUGCUUAUGGCAGCAGAAUAGUAACAAUAGAAGUAAGUAAGAAGGAUAUGUACGCGAUGAAAUUAAAAGGCAUAUCUGUUUGCUUUUGUAUACUAAAAGCGGCUCUUUGUGGAAAUUACGCUAAUUUUGGUGUCUUCAGGUUAUACGGAGACGAGGCUUUAGACAACGCGUUGAAUAUGUUCGUUAAAUUAUUGCUGCAUAUACCACAAAGCGAUUUAUUGGACUAUCCAAAACUAUCACAAACGUAUUAUGUACUAUUAGAACGACUUGCACAAGAUCAUAUGCCGUUUCUAUCAUCAUUACAACCUGAAGCCACAUUGUAUAUAUUGUCAUCAAUAUCUGAAGGAUUAACUGCUUUAGAUACUAGUGUCUGCACCGGGUGUUGCGCGACAUUAGAUCAUAUAGUAACAUAUCUGUUUAAACAACUUGUCCAAAAAACAAGUAACAAAGUGCCGAACCCGAGACAGCCGCCGCCGGAGACGAGCAAUAUGUUCGUAGAAGUGUUACAACGAAGGCCGGAGAUAAUGCAACAACUACUUGCCACUGUAUUGAACGUGAUAAUGUUUGAAGAGUGCUGCAACCAGUGGUCCAUGUCCCGUCCCCUGUUGGGUCUGGUGCUGCUGAAUGAGGAGCAGUUCUCUCGUCUGCGAGCUGAUCUCAUCUCCCGACAGCCGAGAGACAAGCAGGCUCAACUGGCGCACUGGUUCUCUAAUCUGAUGGCUGGAAUUGAACCUAAUUUGUUGACUAAGAAUAGAGAUAGAUUCACACAAAACUUAUCAACCUUCCGUCGGGACAUCAACGACCUACUGAAGGGCGCUAACGUCAGCUCGCACCAGAACAACGACAUGAUGACGUCAUAACUCAUACAUACACCGUACAUGUCAUACAUACAUACAAACAUGCAAACAUAUAGCGUGUCAUGAUCUUAUCUCACACGUUCAGCAUUAGUUCUGGCAGAAUAUGUAAAAAAACUACUUAUGAUGACGUCAUAACUCAUACAAACUUCAUACAUAAAUCAUACAUACAUACAGUGUGAUAAACAUAUCUGACCCGGUGAACUAUAGUUCUGUCAAAAAAUUAUGUAAAAUUCUAUGUCUGAGUAGACAUAAAGUGACAUAAAACACAUGACAAGGAUCCUGUGACAAUUUGUCAGCUAACAAAGUUUGACUUUAACCGGAUCAGAUAACUUUGUCGAUCUAAAGAUAAAUUAAGUUUUGAUUAUCCAUUUAUCAUCGCUAAGUGUAGAUUUCUUCACUAAGUAACGCUCUUAGUAAAAUUUCUACACUAAAGUGUUAACUAAAUAUUUAAAAUAUACGGAAUUAAGUUUUUUUUUUUGUAUAUGAAAGAGACAAAAUAAGUAGAAAAUUGCAUGUUUUAAUAUACAUCUCUCUUUCACUCCUCGUACAUUAUAUUUUGUGUCUCUCUCUUGUAACGAAUUUUGAAUAUGAUUUUGUAGAAAUGUUUCUUGAGCAAUAAUUUUAUUACUUGAUAUAAGAUUUAAACAGAAUUAUGACAAAAUUUAAGGAAUUUCUAAGUCAAACUCAAUAAUUAAUCUAGCUUUUUCUGUGGGGAAUUAAAGAAAAUCUAGAAAUAAAUAUAGUAUAUGUAACUAAUUGAUAAUUUAGCAUUUUGAUAGUAAAAGAAUAUUUGAAAUUUGUCAAGUAAUUUUUGAACUUAAUCUUAACAUACAAACGUACAAUUUUUUCCAUUCAAAAGAACAUCAUCAUCAUCAUCACCAGCUCACUAUACGUCCCCACCGAGGGGCUCGGAGCCUACCCUAAGUUAAGGGU